UCAACAAUUUCCUAAACACCCAGAAACACUUUGCCAACACCUGAGUAGUGCUCUCCGAACAAUUGCCGAGUGAACACUUAUACCAGGUAUAUCAAUAUGGCGCAAAUUCAAAUGGUGAAUACAUAUCGUGGGAAAAUUUCAUCUAUAUACUAUAAUAAGUUUUUCCAUCCGAACAUUUGCCACGUUUGCAAAUUCAAUGGCAUUGUCAAAAUGUGUAAUAAGUGUUACAUGAUUUCGUACUGCAGCGAGGAACAUAAAAAGUUGCACGCAAGGGAGCACGAGGACAUUUGUAAAAUUAUAGUGAAAUCAUUAAACGCAAAUCCAGAAUGGUUUACCCGUUCUAUUCCACUGAAAGAUUGGAUCGAAUCAAAGAAGAAAUUAUUGAAUUUGGUGAAGGUCCAUUUACAGCGUGAACUACUGCCAUACGAAGUGCAAAUGUUCAUGUGCGCGAAAUCAUGUUUUACUUGUCAGAAACAGAUUGAUCUGUUGUGUUGCACUGGGUGUUAUUCCGUCAACUAUUGCGUUGAUCACGUUAAAGAAUAUCAUGAGUAUCAUUACAUCAACAACUGUAAACAACUCGCUUUGAGUCUCAACUUAGACAUCGCGGAUAUUAAUUUCUCAUUUGAUGAAGAUAUAAUGCAGAAGUUUCUGAAUUUUCCUGAUGACCAGAAACCUUUCGACAACAUGUUGUCGUUUUUCGCGCAAUAUAUACUAAAAGUAGAUAGAAGAAAUCGCAGUUGGACUCAUGAAGAUUAUAUCUCUUCUGAUUAUAUAUCAGGACCACUGACAAUCUAUAAUGGGAUGAAGAAGGCAAAUUUACACCUUGAUAAACUAAUAUUUGAAAGGCCUGCAUAUACCUGUAUCAUUCAUAUUAUAGCCGCAAAUAUCGUCGACAGAAAGAGUUUGCCAGCUUGGGAAUUGUUGUUACAUUACCUCGAAAAAACCGUGGAAACACUUAUAAUAAUAAUGAUAGGGCCAGAAUUGCAGUCCGAAUUUGGUGAAUACAAUGUCUGUGUUAAAUGUAAAAAGUAUAAGCAGAAGCUUAUUUUUGAAUCAUAUCCUAUUUCGUACUACGAAUAUGUAUCUAGUUUAGAAUAUAAAAAACCAAAUAUAAUCGCAGGUUUUCAGCCAGAUUUUAAGACGGGGACAUGGUCGAGAUGUUUAUUAGCAUUACAGACUCAGAGAUGCCCGUUACUUUUAACCGCUAAAUCGCAAAUUGAAAUGAAUGAGAACAUGUCAGAGAUAUAUGAGGUUCUCAAAAAAACAGAAAAGGACUUAAAUGCUACUUUUUCCGAUUUAAAUGAAUACUGUGCUCUUAGACCAUACAGAGAUUUUGAUACUAAUAAUCUGUUCUUUCGUAAUGAGUAUAUGUUAAUCUUAAAAAAUUUGCUUUAAAGAAUCUUAGUCGGCUAAUUGCGCACAGAGAUAAAAGUAACUCUCGUGUGCGAUUUUGUCAUCACUUGUGAAUAUUAUUGUAAGUAAUUUGAAAAAUAAGUUGCUUAUAUAAGUUAUUAUUAUACGAAUAAAUAAUAUAUGUUCUAAUAAAGCAUACAAAUUUAAAUGUGUGUGUAUGUGUGUGUGUGUGUGUGUGUGUGUGUGUGUGUGUGUGUGUGUGUGUGGAUUUAUUGUAUUUUUAUUUCCUACAAUUAUUGUGUCAAAUUUGUGUACCAUGAACAUUCCGACAAAUUUAAACCGAUAAUAAAUAUUAGUAAAAACUUUUAUAAAUAUACGAUAUCGAAUGUCUUUUGUUAUAUAUUUCGCGACAUUAUUGACUUGAUAUAACGGAUAUUUGUAGUUCGUUACGUCCAGAGUCACAAUUGAAAUUGUCAACAAUACCCAAGGCACGAGGAGACGUUUGUAAACACUUGAAAAGUGUCUCGCUCAAAUAUUCGAUGAGAUGGCAUACAUACAACGAAUAUAGAAUUUCGUUACCUUUUCUGAAAUAUUGAGUUUUUGUACAUUAUUUCGUAAAUGAUAUAGAUAAAAUAAUAGUUGUAGAUCAUUUCUAAAACUUUAAUUCGCAAACAUCAAUCGCACAGGCAUGUUGGUAUAAUCAGAGUGUUUAAACAUUGCGGACUACGAACACUUCAUCAGUUCUCUAGCUAGCUUUUUCUAUCCGAAGAAAAACAUUCGUCACGUUUGCAAAUCGAGACGACUUUGUGUACACAAUAAAACUCGUAAUAUACAGAACACGCAAAGACAAAUAUCUCCGACGAUCCAACAUAUUCUAGCAACAUUUGCAAAGCAUGUGU